AGGUUGUUUAAAUUUCAAAGUGUUUGGACUUUAUACCGUAGAGUUCAGUCCCGACCCCAAAUUGUGUCUGUGUGUACUACCCUAAUAAUACAGUAUACGCUUACGCAAGACUAACACCGAUUAACAAAUCAAAAAAGAGAAAGAAAAUUAGAAGUUACGAGCGAGAGUGAGAGAGAGACGUAUAGAGAUGGCAGAAGAAGAUAUACAGAAGCAGAAGAAUGACGACGAUGUUCAGUCUCAGAUUCAAACUGCCAUGCGCUCUCGCGUCCCUCACUUCAAGCAACAAGCCAAUUCUUUGACAUUUGAAGGUGUUCGUAGAUUGCUCGAGAAAGACUUGGGAUUGGAACAGUUUUCUUUGGAUUUGCACAAAAGAUUUAUUAAGGAGUGUUUGAAAGAGUGCUUAGAAGAUGGUGGUGAUGAUGAUGCCCCAAAGGUGUCAGGCGAGGAAGGGGAAAAAGGUGAAAGUACACAAGAGACAGAAGAACAAAAGGAGGAACUUCAAUCUAAAGAUGAAAAGGAUCUCCCUGAAGAUAAGGAGAAAAUGGAAGAUUCUCCGGUAUUAGGUCUGCUUAAAGAACAAAAGGAAGUUAAACAAGAAACCAAGAAAGAAGAGCCAAGUGAGAACCUAAUUAAGAAAGCUAUUAGAAAAAGAGCUUCGUACCUCAAGGCUAAUGCAGAAAAAGUCACUUAUGGUAGUCUUCGCCGACUAUUGGAGGAAGAUCUUAAACUUGAUAAAUUUACUCUGGAUCCCUACAAGAAGUUUAUAAAUAAGGAACUUGAUGAGGUAUUAACGUCUUCUGAAGCUGUGGAACCUGCAAAAAGUGCUAAGAAAAUUGUUAAGAAGAAACCUGAUACCAAAGUAACUAAAAAGGCCAGUACUGAAGAGAACUCUGAUAAUUCUGAUGAAGCGAGUGAAGAGGAAGAUAGUGAGGAAGAUGAAGUUAAACCUAAAAGAAAAAGUGUUCCAAAAGGCAAGAUGCAGACUCCUGUUGGAGCCAAAAAACGUAAAGGAGAGGAGACCAAUCUACCCAGCAAGAAAAGGGUCAAGCCCAAUAAAGCAGCUGCAGAAGACAAUAGUGAUGCAGAAGAUGAUAGAAAAAACUCUGAAGAUGAUCAGUCCCAUUCAUCAGCAGAGAAUACUACUAAGAAGAAAGAAGUUUCAACUCCUGUGUACAGUAAACGUGUGGAGCACUUGAAAUCUGUUAUUAAAGCAUGUGGGAUGAGCGUUCCUCCCGUUAUUUAUAAAAAAGUCAAGCAGGUGCCUGAAAACAAACGGGAAGGACAACUAAUUAAAGAAUUGGAGGAAAUACUAUCUAGAGAAGGCUUGUCUUCAAACCCAUCUGAAAAGGAAAUCAAAGAAGUGAAUAGGAAGAAGGCGAGAGCCAAGGAACUUGAGGGUAUUGAUAUGAGUAAUAUUGUGUCAAGUACACGUAGAAGGGCAUCAAUUAGUUUUGCGCCACCUCCACCACCAAAGCCCAAGAUUCCGGUGGAAACUAGUGGCAAAGAUACCAAAGUUAGUGAUAAAGACAACGAUGAUAAAGACAACGAUGAUGAAGGCAAUGAUAAUGAAGAGGAUGAAGACGAUGAAGAAGAGGAGGAGGAUAGUAGUGAUGAUGAUGGAAGUGAGAGUGAAGAAUUUAAUGAAGAUGAAGAGGACAGUGAUUGAACUAGGGCAGAUUCUGCAAUAAUUAAAAAGGUGAAUUCUUCCUCAAUUAAUUAGGAAGCGAUGGUGUAUAAUGUUAUGUAUCGAGAGUCCAAAUGUGUCAGACGGCCAGUGUUUGUUGCUAGUUGCAGAAAUUUUACCCAGUUUCCUCUUGGUCUAUGGACAGGAACUUAAACAUUGAGGCACUGGGUUUAAAUUUAGUAUUUUUGUCCCUCUAAAUUCUAAAUAGAUAUGUUUGCAGUGCGAUAGUCUCGUUUCAAGUAAGUAGCAGUUUGACCAAUAGUGAUGGAAAACUCCGGGUCUGUUGAAAUUUACGUCACAUAUAAUUUGUAUUUUACUUGCUUAGAAAUCUACAGUAUGCUACAUGAAACAAAAUUGAUUUGUGUAAGGCAUUAUAUGUUAAAAACGGCUUGUGCUAUUAUUGUGCA